GUACAAUCAGAACUUGUGGUGGGAGCACAACCAGUACUUGUAGCGGGAGCACAACCAGUACUUGUGGCAGAGGCACAACUAGGACUUGUGGUAAAAACACAACUAGGACUUGUAGUGGAGGCACGAGCAGGACUUGUAGUGGAGACACGACCAGAACUUGUAGUAGGAGCAUGA